UCAAGAAGUUUUGGGUACGUAAUGCAUACUCUUUGGGUUUCGUUCAUAUGUAGUUGAUAACCCCACCGUGAUAACUCAUGCCUCUCACACUUUCUGUUAUGCUUGAUUGCAGCGCAAUUAUAGGGUGGCGACUGAGCAUAAGGAGAGGGCGGACGUGGUGCUCCGUAACAUGUGUCGGAAGUUGACACGGCAGCAGUGGUACAACCAGAGGAUCACGUGCAUCGGCCACUUCUAUGCUGAGCAGGGCGUAAGGUACACAAAGCCUGAGAUUGUGCAGGGACUCGCCCCGGCUAUGACGAUAGAUGACUUCAUGUCGGUUGUACCACAUUGGGCUGAUAAUAAUAAGAGGGCCGCCUUCAUGGAGUUGGUCAAGAAUUGGGUCGGCGAAAACCCCGAUUUCAAGGCCGUGAGCGACCGGAACAAGGCCAACCGUGGGAAUCAGGGAACACACACUGCGGGGAGCAGCAGCACCGAUCGCUAUCGGGAGCGUCUGGGGAAGAAGCUCGGGAGGGAACUUGGUGAGAUGGAAGCGUGGACGCACAUGAAGCUGGUGACGCCCCGUCCGAACGAGCCUCGGCCCGCGCCUGAGAUGUACUACGGCAAGGCCAAAGAGAACAAGGAAAGAUACUGCGAGGAGUACGCCAAGCUGCCUGUUUCAGUCCGCGUGGACUGGCGGACAGUCCGCGCACGCUACAUCGGGGUGACGCAACGGAUCAACCCGUCCACCCUGACGUAUGCGCGCCCUAAAUUUGGGAAAUCGAUAUGUCGGACCGGACACUGCGCUGACAGCGCGCGUUCGGCCAUGCGUACCGCGGGCCCACCUAGAAGCGACCCGAUGGCAGAAUGCUGA